AUGCGGUCACAACUCCUCUCCAAGGCCGUCGCGGCCGCCAUGCUCUUCAGCGCGUCCGCCCUCGCCGCUCCACACCCCGCCGCCGAGCCCGCCGAAGCCGCCGCCGCCGCACAUCCAGCCGCCGCGGCCAUCACGCCCGCGCCCGUCGGCGCCUUCGACAUCAACUUCCUCCUCGGGCGCGCCGACGACGCCACCACGUCCGCCGCCAGCAACCAGAAGCUCAGCGGCACGCUCUGCUUCACCACCUCGACGACGACGACGACGUCGUGCCCGCUCACCACGUCGGGCAAGCACGUGCUGACGCAGACGUGCUUCCCCACGGCCGUGGCCGCGUCCGAGUGCAGCCCGGGCCUCAUGUGCACCAUCGGCGCCGGCAACGAGGACAUUUGCAUGCGCAAGCACGACUCCCUCGACAUUGGCGGCAUCAUCGUCGCCAUCGUCUUCGCCGUCCUCAUCACCCUCGGCCUCGGCGCCCUCACCUUCCUCUGCUGCCGCGACCGCCGCGAGCAGAAGCGCAUCGCCGCAAAGGCGGAGGCCGUCGCCCUCGCCCGCGCCGCGACGAAGAAGAAGCGCGCGCAGGAGCAGCGCACCCCGCUCAUGCAGCAGCAGCAGCAGCAGCACCAGGCGGGCGGUCUGGGCUCCGGCCGCGGGAGCCCCAACCCCUUUAACGACGCGGCUCACUAA